AUGAACUGCCACCUCACACCAAACUUUCACUUUGCUAGUCAUGUCCUCAAGUAUAUCAAUAUCUAUGGCCCAGCAUACACCUGGUGGGUAAUUUCAUAUGAGCGAGCUAUUAGUAUUCUCAGCAAGACUAACCACAAUAGGCAUAGAGGUGGCAAAGUUGAGGGAACAUUUAUGAGAGCUUGA